CCUUCCCGGGGAGGGGUGCUGCCCGGGGUGGGGGAGGGGGCGGCUCAUCCCUGAGUAGGGGCUCCCAGCCUCGUUAAGGCUCCCCAGUUUCUUGUUCUAGAAAUUGAACUUGAUGUUUCCCGUUCUUUCGCCCCAACUCUCCAUCGCCCACUCCCGCAGGCAGAGGGAUCAUUUGUAAACGAAUCUGAUCUCGUCAUUCCCCUGCCCUGAUGUCUGUGGCGCCCGGAAUAAAACCCAAGUUCCUGGCGCCUGGCGCAGCCUACAUUUCCCCGCGUGGUCUGGCCCAGGCGUUCUCAACAGCUGCGCUGCUGACAUUUCGGACACUCUUUGGGGUGGGGCCGUCCUGUGCCGUGUAAGAUAUUGAACAGCAACCCUGGCCUCCACCCGCUAGAUGCUAAAUCCUUCCCCGGGCUUGAUAAUCCAUCAAGAAUGUCUCUAGGCACUGCCAUGUAUCCUCCGGAAAUUUGAGAACCACCGAUCUGGCCCCCGCCCACCCCUGAAUCAAUACUUCCGUCACACCAUCCCUUGAACAAGCCAGACUCUGGCCAGCCUUGGGGACAGGGGAGACGGCGCUUGCUACUCCCUCUGCCUGGAACACUUUGCUUCCAGAUUUCUCCAUGGCUGGUUCCUGAUCCUGGUGUAAGUCAUUCUGAUCCUGACUUACAUAGCACAUCUCCUUAUUUAAAGCAUUCCCCCCACCACUCCGCAAUGGCUUUUUCCUAUCAAUCACUAAUUUCUGUUAUUGUUUUGACAAAUUUUUUGUCUAUUGCUGUCACUAGAAUAUUAGCUCCAUGAGGGUGUGAAGUAUUUAUCUCACUCGCUCCUUACCCAGAACAGUUUUGGAUUCCAGUAAAUAUUAGAUUAGUGAAUACUGUAUGGAGGGUGUCACAGCGGUUAGAAGAUAAAAGAUAAUGCCCAGUUCCUGCCCUCAGGGAAUUCCUGCCUGGAGUAAGCCGUUGUAUUCAGGGCCCUGUUUGCCCAUGAAAUAGUAAAUGUGUGCUCCUGGUGCAUGGCCUAACUUGAAAUUUACAACAGUUCAAGGAGCAGUGAUUCCUUAAGAUGGGAAAACAGACCCACCGAAAUUAAAGACUCACUGACCUAAAGACACAUAGCUAGUAAGCAAAAGUACAGUUUUCCAGUAAGAUUUACCGAUGGGAUUUGUCCCAAAGUUUGGAAAGACUGGUGAUACCCAGUUCUCCCAUUUCCUCACACUGGUUCUGCAAGUGUGGUCCUGGAGCAGCAGCACCAGCAUCACCCGGGAAUUUGUUUGACUUGCACUCCCUGGAUCUACUGACUCAAAGACUUGGAGGUGGGGCCCAGCAAUGGACCCUUCAUCAAGCCUCCAGGUGCUUCCAGUGCAUACCAAGCCGGAGAACCUCUGCUAUAAGCUAUAAACUGUAUCGACAUUCUCCAGCCACCAGUACCAUCCAUCUCCCCUCCCCUGGCCACAGCCAAAAAAGAAGGGGGAAGAAAACCUUGGAGUUGGAGAAGGAGUUCCUAAUCCGAGGACCUUCUGUAUUUUUCAUCUACGACGGCACAUUUGAUUAAACAUCCUUGCAAGAAAAACAUAGCCCUAUAUCUAGGAAGACAAAUGUUUUUCACGAGAGAUAAUUUCAAAAGUAGUCUCCUUCCACUGUCCAUCCCUACGUCAAUGAAGGUUGGCAUACCAGAAGUAACAUCAGCACAUAUCGCUGACUCAGUAUUGCUCUUAGUCGUGAAUCAAAAAGUCUAUAUUUAUGAUUAUGAAGCCAAUUCCUGGAACGCAUCUAUAGGUAUAGAACACCCUGUUACACAUGUUUCUGGGGACAACUGUUGUUACAGCGGACAUCCCUUUUGUGUGGAUAUAAGUAAUUCAGUUUUUGCUUAUUUGCACGGAGAUCAGAUAUCUCAGACCAAUGUCUAUUUCUCAAACACUCGGGGAUACAGAUUUCAGAAGUUUGUCUAUGAAAAACAGGCUGAACUAGACGGGUCUUUGGGUGGGAUCUUCUCCUUUCACUCCUUGUCACAGGUUGGGCUGCUUCUCAUUGAUCAAGGGAAGGCCAGGUUCAGCUACUCAGAACACCCUCUGAACAGCAGUUUUGGGCUGCCCUUCGACUACAACGGGACCCUGGACAUCCUCAUCACCCCGGGCCAGAAAGGCAUUCUGAUCUUCUGGUUUCAGAAGAGCCUGUUGGUUUCCAGAAACUCAGGUCAGCUCGUUUACCCCGUCCACGUGCGAGAAGGACCCAACACCUUGUAUUCUUCCAUCUCUGAAGCCAACAUCACCAUCCACAGCGUUGCUGCCAAUGAAUACGAACUGGCGGUUUUAACUCAGGAGAACAAUUUGCUUUAUGGCAGCCUGGGAAUCCUGCCAAGUUCUCUGAUCAAAUUUGCAGGCCAAAACAUCUGGUCCCAAGAGGCAGCCCUGAUGUUCACUGAUGUGGGGAGAGUGGAAAUACUGACCCCGGUCCCCGAUUUGGUGUUUCCAGCUUUCGAUUUCCAGAAGUGCCCCGUGAACAUCCAGGCGAUUCUCAUGGAUCCCCAACUCCGAGUUGACGUUUGCAAAGCCGAACUUCUGCAAGGAGACUUUGACAACAAAAUGUACAGCAUUGAUAUGAACAGCAAAUUGGAGCUGACCGCUCUGAUGAUACCGCGGCCAGGCAUGUCCCUGGUCCCACUGGCGAUGGUGAGCAACCCCCACUCCCUGGGCCUACAGGCCGUCAUCUAUGAGGCCGGCUACACUUACGACGGGAACAUCAAACAUAGACUGAACAUUUCCCUGAGGCAGCAGCACCACUGGGGCAGAGCUGACCCCAAUUUCACCUCCAGCAUAAAGAGACCCACAGGAUCUACCAUCACUCUGGACAUAGCCAACAAGGAAAUUUCGUGUGUGGACCUCAAGCCACUGACGGCGCUCAUUUCCGUGGGUUGCGACCAGGAGAAAAAGAUCGUCAUUCAGAACGAAAUCUCAGCCUGUCACCACGGCAUCCUCGACCCUGUGGGCCUUCAGGACAAUUACAGCUACAUCAUCGAGAGGGAAGCCUAUGACCCCAACUUCAAGGGGCAGAAGGCCAGUGAGGAUCUGGUGGUGGACUACCAGUACGAGAAGCUGGGCUGCCCCCACCUCGUCUACUACAACACCCCGUGGAAGCCCGUGGUGGAACUGUGGCGGGAAGGAAAGUUCCAGGAGGUUAUCAAGGCAGAGUUCGUCCUGCUGGAGGUGCACGGGCUGUUCACGUACACGUACUCCCUGACAGCCCAGACGGCGCUCUGCCGAGCCCAGCCCCAGAACUGGACCUCCAUCAUGGAGAACGCCGGCGACAAAUGGCCCUUCGCCUGGGACCGAGAGAACUAUGUGAGCUGCCAUGACCCCGACAAUGAUGCCCCCUUGAGAUGGCCAAAUGUCCCGUAUCAGAUCUUGGGAGGUCCGACGGCAAACAAGGUCAUUUUUGACCAAAGGAAUGGAAUCUACGUCUUCUAUAUUUCUAUCGUGGAUCCGUAUUACAGCUACUGUCACUUGCACACCACCUUCAGCGUCUACGUGUACGGGGCCUUCCCCCUGUCCACCAUCCCGGCGGCGGUCACCAUCAUCCCGCUCAUGGUGGCCAUGCUGCUGUCCGUGUGGCUGGCCUACGCCAUCCCCAAGCUGCUGCACACCGAGAAGGGCCUCAGGUUCAAGGGCUUCUGGAUUCAUCUGUGCAGGCGGUGCCGGAAGGCUUGCGCGUGUUUCCGAGGCAGGUCCUGAGCGCACCGGGGGAGCCCAGGGUGGUCUUAGAGCGUUCUAUAAACCAGCCGGCGGCCAUGUGCGUGCAGCGUGUUCCGAGCGUGUUCUGUCCCCCUGCCCCCACCUCCGCCGC